AUGGAUAGCUUCAAUCAAACUGUGGAGUUGACUGGGUCGAGUCAACAAUCUAUCAAUUUUCUAACAUCAAACAAACAAGUCAAUUUCCUAUAUCAAUUGUAUUUGUCAGCAUCAUGGGCUCAAAUUAUUAUUGCGUUUGUGGUUUUGGUUUUAUCAUACGACCAAAUCAAAUACCAACUAAACAAGGGCUCCAUCGCUGGUCCUAAAUUGAAAAUUUGGCCCAUCAUUGGCCCCUUUUUGGAAUCUUUGGACCCUAAAUUCGAAGAGUACAAGGCCAAGUGGGAUAGUGGUGCUUUAAGUUGUGUUUCCAUUUUCCACAAGUUUGUCGUUAUUGCUUCAACAAGAGAUUUAGCCAGAAAAAUUUUAUCCUCGCCGAAAUAUGUCAAGCCUUGUGUUGUUGAUGUUGCAAUCAAGAUUUUGAGACCUACAAAUUGGGUUUUCCUUGAUGGGAAAGAACACACCGAUUACCGUAGAUCAUUAAAUGGUCUUUUCUCACAAAAGGCCUUGGAAGUGUAUAUACCAGUUCAAGAAAAGUACAUGGAUAUUUACCUCGAACGGUUUUUGAACUACAAUGGUCCUAGAGAGUUUUUCCCAGAAUUUAGAGAAUUGCUUUGUGCAUUGUCAUUGAGAACUUUCUGUGGUGAUUACAUCACUGAUGACCAAAUUGCCUUGAUCGCUGACAACUACUUCAGAAUCACUGCCGCUUUGGAAUUGGUUAACUUCCCCAUCAUUAUCCCAUACACAAAGACUUGGUACGGUAAAAAGAUUGCCGAUGAUACUAUGAAGAUAUUUGAACAUUGUGCUGCCAUGGCCAAGACCCACAUUGGCCAAGGCGGUAAACCAACUUGUGUUAUGGAUGAGUGGAUCUACCUCAUGAAGGAAGCUAAGGAUAAACAUUUGGAUGAUCCCGAAUCAAAGUUGUUGAUUAGAGAAUUUUCCAAUAAAGAAAUUAGUGAAACCAUUUUCACGUUUUUAUUUGCUAGUCAAGAUGCUUCGAGUUCUUUAGCUUGUUGGUUGUUUCAAAUUGUUGCUGAUAGGCCAGAUAUUGUUGCUAAGAUUAGAGAAGAACAAUUGAGAGUAAGAAAUGGAGAUUUGAAUGUCAAAUUGGACUUGUCCUUGAUUCAACAAAUGAAGUACACCAACAAUGUCGUUAGAGAAACACUCAGGUACAGGCCACCAGUGUUGAUGGUGCCAUAUGUCGUUAAGCAGAGUUUCCCAAUAACUGAAUCUUACACGGCACCAAAGGGAUCCAUGGUUAUCCCCACGUUGUACCCGGCAUUACACGACCCAGAGGUAUUUGAGGAUGCCGAAAGUUUCAUUCCUGAGCGUUGGGAAAAUCCUACUGGAGAUAUGGAUAAACGUAAUUGGUUACCAUUUGGUGUUGGCCCACACGUGUGUCUUGGACAAAAGUAUGUCUUGAUGUUGUUUACUGGUAUGCUUGGGAAGUUUCUUAUGGGGGCCGAUUUGGUUCAUCACAAGACUGAAUUGAGUGAGCAAAUCAAAGUGUUUGCUACCAUUUUCCCAAAGGAUGAUUUAAUUCUUGAGUUUAAGAAAAGAGACGUGGUUUAA